GGUUCUCUUUCCAGUGACAAUCAGAGGAUUUUGGCUGCAGUGGGGAAACUAACAGAUGGACUCCGCAACAACAAUGGCACCGUUGAUCCAUUGUGUGGUUCGGAAUGGACACACAAUGGCCUAAACUGCUACUACCUGUCCCGGUAUGCACGGCCUUGGAAUUACGCCAAGAAACACUGUGAGGAUAAGAAGGCUCACCUGAUGGUCAUCAAUGGCCUGGAGGAGAUGAAUUUUCUUCGGAACAUUUCACAGUCACAGAGUUUGUGGUUCGGUCUUUCAACUGAGAAGGGAAUCUGGAAGUGGGUGGACAGCACAUCUUAUGAGAGAUCUCCAAAGUUCUGGAAAGAGGGUUAUCCUUAUCCCUGGUAUAGACAUGGAGAAUGGUGUGGUUUGUUGGAAUAUGGAGAGGGCUGGCGCUCUCUUCCCUGCUCCCAAAGUUACCAAUACAUCUGUGAGAAGAAGACAUUGUGA